UCCCGCUUCCCCCCUCCCCUCCACCACCACCACCACUGCCGCCGCAGCCUCCGGCAGCACCUCCCUCCCCCGGCCGGUCCCCGGCCCGCGUUGGGGCAUGCCUGCGAGCAUGUUCAGCAUCGACAACAUCCUGGCGGCCAGACCUCGCUGCAAGGACUCGGUGCUGCUGCCCCCGAGCGCCGCGCCCGUCGUCUUCCCCAGCCUGCACGGGGACUCCCUCUACGGCGCUGCCUCCGACUACGGAGGAUUUUACUCCCGGGCUGUGGCUCCCGGCUCGGCGCUGCCGGCGGUCGGCGGCUCCCGUUUGGGCUACAACAACUACUACUACGGGCAGCUGCAUGUGCCCGCAUCUCCCGUGGCCCCGUCGUGUUGCGGGGCCGUGCCGCCGCUGGGGGCCCAGCAGUGCUCCUGCGUUCCCCCAGCAGGUUACGAGGGCGCUGGGUCGGUGCUGAUGUCCCCUGUUCCCCAUCAGAUGUUGCCCUACAUGAACGUAGGCACUUUGUCCCGGACGGAGCUGCAGUUACUCAACCAGCUGCACUGCCGGCGGAAAAGACGGCACCGGACUAUCUUCACUGACGAGCAGCUCGAAGCGCUGGAAAACCUCUUCCAGGAAACGAAAUACCCGGACGUGGGCACCAGGGAACAGCUAGCGAGGAGGGUGCAUUUAAGAGAGGAAAAAGUGGAGGUUUGGUUCAAAAACCGCCGGGCGAAAUGGAGGAGGCAAAAGCGGUCGUCUUCUGAGGAAUCGGAAAAUGCACAAAAAUGGAAUAAAGCAUCUAAAACGUCUCCGGAGAAGAGGCAAGAAGACGGGAAAAGCGAUUUGGACUCCGACAGCUGAUGCCGCGCAGGGGGAUGCUCCCCGUGGACUGUAGGAUACGCUCCAGAGGAUGCUACUAUCUUGCACAAGCUCUGCCUUGUCGGAGGGGAAAACUAUCUGUAUAUAAUGUACAAUACCCCUAGUCGAUUUCGUGUAAAUAAAAUGUGUUGCGGAGGUGUUGCACAGGCAGCCGGUGCCGGGUCCGUGCCGCGGGCGAGGGCUGCCGGGCCGCAGGUGGCCGCGAGCGGGAUGGGCACGGCCGGAAACGAGCGGAGGGGGACGGGGCCGAACCUGGGCGAGGGGCGGCGGUGGAGCGGUUGCCUGCGCGUUCCCCGAGGUGAGGCGCGGAGGCCGCAGUCAUAACGAUCCGGUAAUUUAUUAGGGCCGCGGCAAAAUGCCUUUUUAUUAUUAUUAUUAUUAUUAUUAUUAUUAUUAUUUUCUCCCAUGCCAUUUAUUGCUCCCUCACCACCUUUGUACUCCCUGGUCGUAAACCUGGAAUACUUGCAGGCAGCGCAAAUCCAGCAUCCCGUUUGUUCUUUUGCUGUGUUUCCUUGCACUUUUCACUCUCUUUUCUGCUUUCUGGAGCUUUGUCCCGCUGAGUUUCCACAAGUUUGCCUUUGACAGAAAAGCUAUCUCACUAUAUCCGCAUCUGAAAGCUCUCCUAAUAAAUUUCAGCCGCUAUCAGCUGCGUUAAGCUUGAAGCGCAGCCCUGGUAUGUUGCUCUCGGGGAUGCUUGCUAAGAAGCUGCAAAUUGAUGUUUGGCCUCUAACAGCACCUUCGCUGUUAGGAAAGCAGCUCUCCUUUCGCUCUUCCUUCGAGGAGGCCCUCUUAGCAAAAGCAUCUAUUCUCCCUGUAAAAUCCGUAUUCUUUUUUCCUUAGGCCUUUUUUUCUCGUCUCUCCCAAAAUCUCAAGGCAGAGCUACUUCUCUGAGAUGGCAAUUUCCUCAAAUUGUUUUGCUGAGAAGGGCCUUCCCUCUCCUCUGUGAGAGUUCUAUAAACUGAACGCUAAUGACUUGAAGGUAUGAAGUCAAUGAGGAAACCUCCAUACUGUGUGUUUCAAUCAGCAGUUAAGGUUAAUUACCAUAAUUUUUCUUAAUUACCUUAAAUGCCUGUGCUCACCUGUAUACAGCAGCUUGUCUGGGUUAGACAAGACAUAUAGGAAUGCUCCAAACAUUGUUUCCAGUGAUGCUAGAAGUAGUUUACAACUGUGUUUCUUGUCCUCAUGCUUUUCCUCACAUUCAGGAUACAUUCAGUUUUUAUGGGCAGUGUAGCAUAGUGCGUACCGUAGGUGUCAGUGGGACAGGGAGGAUCCUGGUAGCUGUCUGCUCAGGUGACAUUUCCUAACAUUUUGUGUGCUUCUUCGUAGAUGUGGUAUUUCUCUCCAAGCAAACUCACCCUGUACCAGGUAGAAGGAAUAGCUGCUGUGGAAGAAAUUAACUGAGGUUUUGUAUGAGUUAGUCCUUUAGGGGGCUUAUCGUUUCAUAGCUACUGCUCUCUCAGAGAGAAGAGUUGUAGUCUCUUUUUUUUUUUUUUUUUUCCUUCAGGGAAAGGAAGGUGAAUAGCAAAGUUCUUAGUUUCUUCUUCUUUGACACAUACCAUGGUUUGGCACUUCGGAACUACUGCAUUUUGGAGAUGCUGCCCUGCUGCUAUAGAUACGUAUCUGGACUUCAUUCACUGCAAUCCAGCAGAAAAUUAGAUUUCAAAUUAUUGAAAAUUAUUUUUCAAAAGAAUAUUUUCUCUCUCCUUUUUUUUUUUUUUUCUCCCAAGUUGUAUUCAAGAAGUCUCACUGAGUGGAUAUUUAAUCCAUCAUCUUCUUUGUAUUUAGUCAUUGUUACCUUUUUAAACCUGUUUUCAAUUUGCCAAAUAAAAAGGUAGGUCUAAGGAUAAUAUUGUCAAGGGUGUUGCAAAUAUGGAUAUAUUUUCUUUAUUUCUCAUGUAUAAUUAGCCUCACUGCUAUACUGGGGACUUGGUAGAGUUUUGUUUGGAUUUUAUGUGUGUGAGUGUAGUGGAAUGGUAAUUUUGGAAGUUGAAUUUUGGAAUUGAGGAUUUCAGCCUGUUCACUUCAAUAUGAGUGUUAAACUGAAUGGUGCUAUAAGAGAUGGGAUCGGAAUACAUUUCUGAUAACCAGCACCAGUUAACUUAAUAUUAUAGUUCACAGCUUCAGAGAUUUUCAGACUUCUACAGUGGGAGCAAAGUGCUCAAGUACUGUGGAAGCUCCAGGUCACAGAACAUGUCCUUAUAUACAACAUUUGUUCUGUGAAAUCAUGUCAUUUUUCAUAAGAAUCCAAAAACCGUGUUCCAAAACAAACUUUCUAUGCACAGGAUUGUGAUGAAAUCACCAGUGAUCGCUUCUUAAAUCAUGUUGUGCCCUAUCCUGAGUUAGUAUCUGCAUUUUCUCUAAAGUCUUGAUCACCAGAGCUUGGUCCUGCAGUCAGUGGUAUGUGUUCUUAAUCCUAUAUGGAAAUGAAGGUCUUUUAGAGAUAAAAAUGUUUUGUUCAAAGUUAUAUUUUAGUAUUUUAUGUCUAAUUGAAAAGCAGUUUUAAUCUGGAUCUAAAAAUGGCAUCUAUACCAUUAGUUGAUAGAAGUAUCUAUCUUAUUGUUUUUCUCAGUAGUGUGUGGCAGAAACCCAGUGGCUUUGCUUUCCCUUUUGGAUGCUAUGAAAUUAGGUCCCAUUGGGUCUGGAAUAGACCAACAACUGAAAGGCAGUGAGAAGGCAGCAUUGGAAGUAUCAAGAAUGUAGAAAAAGAAAUGGUGGAAGGUGUGAAGAAGGCAGUAGUAAAAUCUCUCUUUAAAUUGCUGUGUUUCAUUGACAUUAUCAGAUGGAUUAUUAUUAUUAUUAUUUAAUUUCUAGAUUAGGAGAAUUCCUAUGUGCCAAAAUGCAAAUCCUACAAAAACAGUUUCCUUAUUUUCUCUGUUAGUGCAUUAAGGGAAAAGCAACGUGAGGGAUUUGAAUACCCACUACGUUCUAACAGGUUCAGCUCCAACAAAAGCACUUUGAAAGGUUUCAUUGUGGUGCUGUAUGUUAAUUCUUGUAGAAGGAGACCAAAACAGAUUUAGUUUAUUUUAUUUUUUUUCCUCUAUCUCCACCAUAAUUUACAGCCAGAAAAACUCAUUUGGUGCUGCUGUUUUUUUUUUUUUUUUUUUUUUUUUUUUUUUUUUUUUUUUUUUUUUUGUUUUGUUUUGUUUUGUUUUGUUUU